AUGAAAAAUUACACAGUGUUAACAACAUACAUCCUGGUGGGACUAACAGAUGACCCAAAUCUACAAAUUCUGCUUUUUGUCUUUCUGUUCAUCACCUACCUGCUGAGUGUCAUUGGAAACCUGACCAUCAUCACCCUCACCUUUGUAGAUCCCCACCUUAAAACUCCUAUGUACUUCUUCCUGCGAAAUUUUUCUUUCUUAGAAGUCUCUUUUACCACUGUCUGUAUUCCCAGAUAUCUAUAUACUCUUGCCACUGGAGACAAUACAGUGACCUAUAAUCCUUGUGCCACUCAGUUAUUUUUUGUUGUUGUCCUGGGUGUGACUGAGUUUUUUCUCCUGACAGCCAUGUCCUACGACCGUUAUGUAGCCAUCUGCAAACCCUUGCAUUACACGACCAUCAUGAACAACAGAGUCUGCAUCAAGUUCCUUAUUGGCUGCUAUGUAUUAGCACUGAUCAUUGUUCUUCCACCCUAUAUUAUGGGCUUUGAUCUCGAGUUUUGUGACUCCAAUGUCAUAGAUCACUUUGGCUGUGAUGCUGCCCCAAUCCUGAAGAUCACCUGCUCUGAUACACAGUUUAUAGAACGGUUUGUCUUGGUCCUGGCAGUGUUAACGCUCAUUUUCACCUUGGUGUGUGUGAUUAUGUCCUAUACCUAUAUCAUUAGGACUAUUCUAAGAUUCCCAUCUGCUCAGCAAAGAAAAAAGGCUUUUUCCACCUGUUCUUCCCAUAUAAUUGUGGUUUCUAUCACAUAUGGAAGCUGCAUCUUUAUCUAUAUUAAACCACGUGCAAAAGAAGGGGUUGCCAUGAAUAAGAUGGUGUCAUUGCUCACAACUUCAGUUGCCCCCGUUAUGAAUCCCUUCAUUUACACUCUGAGAAACAAGCAAGUGAUACAAGCUUUCAAAGACAUGAUCAAAAAGAUUGCAUCUAUCUCAAAGAACUAA